CGCAAUGCUUCCUUGUGGUGUGAGCUUGUGGCCGUAAUUCCCUCCUCGCUCCGCCUCUGGUUGGAGUUCUGUUGUUUGUGUUGCUGUGAUCAAAGCAGUUUUGUCCUGCUGGCAUCGUCAGUCCGUGGGCUAAAAGCAGACGGGCUUUCUCUUCGGAUUGCUGCGAUAAGCGGGCCUUUCCUUUCCUGGCCUGUAUGAGACGCUUGUGUAUCUGCUAUUCUCGCUAUAAUCUCUUGCUGGCAAAGCAUCCUGCUGACCUGGGGUGCGUCGCGUGAAAGCAUAGCGGGGAUCCCCUCUUGGAUCGACUCCCCUCGCUUCGCCUCGAUCUCGCCGGGCUGAUAUGGGAUCGGUCGUCCUCAGCCACGCGGUGUCGGAGCAGGUCCAUCCCCCAUACACGAUGCUGGGAGGUACGGUCAACCAGGCGACGACGUCUUCUGAACCUCCAUUUCGGCCGUCUUCUCGUUCAACAUCACAGCCCUCGCAGCUGGAGACUGGCAGCUCCAGGUCUGCCUCCACCGCUAAUACCCCCACCUCGGCCACCGUCCCGCCAUCGACGUCUACAAAUCUGCCGCCCCGGCGCUCUCACGAGAUCCCAGCCUAUAUCAAUGCUCAAUCUCACACAUUCACUCAGCCUCCUAGCGGACCGUCUGCGGUAGCUCCCUCAGCUGACGACCGUUCUACUGCCGCGCCCAUGACCGAUCACCCCGCCCCUCCUUCUACCCACCAUCAUUCAGCGCAUCCAAGACAGGAUCCCGCAGGGGAAGGGCAAGAAACUGCCUAUCAUGCCCGAGGACCGUCAGGCCUCACAGCAACUGCUGCGGCAUCUGGCUGGACGAGCUCCCCGUCCUCUCCGCGAUUACAUCCUACCCAUCGAUCGACGAGGUCCCUAGGGAAUUCGGAGGCUUCCUCUCCAAGCCGCAUCAAGGUGCGGGAUCUGUCACAUAUCCAGAGCUUCGCCAGUGAAGAGUUUCUAGCGCAGUCUCAGCGGUCCCAGGGAUCGGGAGAGGGAGGUGUCGAGGUCGGCCGCCAAUAUGAAAUCAGUUCGAUGCCGGUGACAGACAUCAUUGAGAUGGUGGCAGGGUUGCUGACCAAGAUCACAACCACGAAUGACUUGCAGCAUGAGAAUCUACAUCGACAUAUUCCGCCUCCGGAUGGGACGACAGCUCUUAGCCCGCAGGCUACCAGCGUUCUAGCUUUUCAUGGCAAGAACGUGCCGAGCAUCACUAUUCUAAACUACCUCAGUCGGAUACACAAAUAUUGUCCGACCACAUACGAGGUCUUUCUGAGUUUGUUGGUCUAUUUUGACCGCAUGACAGAGACCGUGAACAGGGACUAUCUCCAGCGGUUGCGGCGGCGGGCCCAGCGCACCGUUACUGUACAACCGGAUGCACCUAGACCCCCGUCCUCGGGUCCCCAGACGCCUCAAAGAUCCAGAGCUCAAUCGUCGAUGGUCACUCCUCCAUCGUCAACGGGUAUGAGUGCGCAGGAUCCGAAAUCGCCGACGUCUUCGAUACCCCCUUCAUUACAGCUGCAGGAGGACGACGAUGGACUCUCUCACUUUUUCGUUGUAGACAGCUUCAACAUUCACCGCCUGGUGAUAGCAGGUGUAACGUGCGCCAGUAAAUUCUUUUCAGAUGUUUUCUAUACCAAUUCACGAUACGCCAAGGUCGGUGGGCUACCUCUAGUCGAGUUGAACCAUCUUGAACUACAAUUUCUCUUAUUGAACGACUUCCGUCUUUCCGUCCCUGUCGAAGAGCUGGAAGCAUAUGGGACGAUGCUGGUAGAGUUUUAUGCAAGGGAGGUGGUUGCGCAGCAGCAACAAGCCGCUCUUGCUGCCGCUGGAGUGAAUCCUUCCGGGAUACAGAGCUCGCAUAACGAUAUGCGGCCCAAUGGAGGCAGCCGAUCCGUGGACACAGAGGUUAGGCAAACUCCUACACCUCCCUAAACCGGCAGCCGAUAAUAUCAGGCGAUGAUCGUCUCUUUAUCAUAUAUGGUGUCGGCAUCCACUUUUCAUGUUGGCAUGAUAGAAACCAAACCAACGGUUUUAUGCUGGAGCGUGGGCGCUUUUUUCGGUUGUAUCGACCUAUCCAUUUGUCAU